AUUGAGUUCAAUCAAGGCAGACGACGCUUUGCUUCGCUUUAGCUGGUUGUUUGUUGCUCCCUACUUACUUUUCUGUUUUCUUUUAGAUACAUUGUUCAACUGUCGUGGAUGUGGCAUUGUGGCGGCCUUAUAUAGGAAACAACUACAAUGAUUACAAAAAUAACUUUACCUUCCUUUUUAUUUUUAUUUUAUCUUCAUAGCGUUAAUUCCAACAUAUUUGUCGGUACUGUAAGUUCGACGUCUUCAACUUUAGAGGCAUGUACAUCAGAAUGUGUGCAAUACUACAUACAGACAUUUAACAAGUUUGCAAGAUCAGAAUGCAGCCGAGGAUGUCGAUUUUAUGGACUUGCAAUUUUGAUCGGUGGAAACAAACAGACGGAAUUCAACAUGAGCAAAAGUGCUUGCCACGAUUGUUGUUCUGAAAGCUACAAUGAAAAGACGGACCAAGCAGCGUGCAAUAUAGGUUGUGACACAAUGGCUAGAUAUCAACAAGAGAAAUUUGCAUUCGUCUCCGCUUUUCAAGAUUCUUUGGUUUUCAUCUUUGGACAACAGUAUGCCCAUCUCCAAAUAGCUGACAAGAUGGAAUCUGAUGAUAUCCUGUUAGACCCCGCGGUGAUGACAGACCCUGCACUUCGGAGGCAAAUGGUCCUGGACCUGGUGGACACACGAUUGCCGGAGAUGCGAGUCAAGACUCUCCCAGUGAAUCCUGACGAAAACGGCGGAGAGUGGUGGUCAGAUUGCUCAGUGCGGCGUGUCGGCGUACCCCGGUGUCUGGCAGCUAGUUUGCUUGUAUUGUUCACUCUGCUUGUUCUCUGGUUUGGUCUUAGCUGUGACGACAAAUCCACAAUGCCUUCUCCACCGGUUCUCUUUGAUCCUGAACAAGCUCCCCCACUCCCUCCCAAGUAUUCCUUACUUGACGACAUCAAAGUUUAAUCAUUUUCCUUGGAGUCUUGAAUCGUACACGGUUUACUGAAUUAAUCUAGUCACUUGUAAGCUCUCGGAAUUCCUAGAAGUUUAGAAAUAUUUGUUUUCAGUUCAGUAGGGAUUUGUUCCUUCAUGUAAGUGUUUAUGUGUUUCCUGUCUAAUGAAUGGAUAUCUAAUAAUGUAGAGUGGAAUUUCAUAGAAAUCAUUUGUUGUUUAAGUUUUAAGAUGUUACACAGACAGUUUCAUUUCAGGAAUUACAAAACCUAUUGUUAGUUAAUAGGAUUGCUUAUGGAUGUAUGAGGUGUGAAAUAUUUUGACUGGUUUAAGAUAAUUAUUUAGUAUUUCACCAGUUUUGUAUAAAAAUUUAGAAAUAAUAACUACACGACAAACCCUGUAUUUAAUAAAAAUAAUUUUAGUUUGUAGCAAUUAUUAAAAUAUUAAUUAUCAUUUUUAAACCAAAAAAUUUAUAUGAUUUUUAACAUUUUUUUAUAGUUUAAUAAGUGGAUAUUAAAUUAUUGUUUUCCGUUACUAAGUUUUGCUGUUUAGUGUUAUAGAUUUAUUUUGUAAAAUUGAAUAAUAUAGAAGCAUUCAGAUCUAUGUGUAUGCAACAAAUUUUUUAAAUCUUCAUAGUGGUUUUAGAAUUAAACAUUUUUAGUUGUUUUUAGAAUCUGUGAUUAGUUUGUUUGAUAACUUUUCUGGAAGAAUUACUGUAAUUCCUGAAACAUGUCUUACAUAUUAAACAUUGAUGUUUGAAUUCCUUUGUAAUGAAUGUAUUCUUGGGUAACUAGUGUUGUUCUGUGAUUUUAUUUACCAUAAGUAUUAUUUUUUUAAUUAUGAAUAACUAUUGUAAUGUUUUAAUGUAUGUACAGUUUUCCUAGUAAACAUUAGUUUCUCAAAAUGUUUUAAUAAACGAGAGAUCUCACCUAUGAAGACUUGCUGUGCUGUGUUUUAAAUAAGAAUUGUUGUUUCGUUUGUAAUACUGUAAA